AUGGGGUGUGUUCUGGGGAAGAGGGCAGCCGGAGGAGAGGCUAAUACUCGCCGGAAAGGUGAAAAUGGGCGGCGGAGGUUGGGUGGUCGGACUAGGCGCAGUUCUCGAGAGGUUAUUAGAGUUGAGAAGGAUGCAGAAAGGAAGGAAAGGAGUAGUGCAGAGGUUCCGGCGCCGGAGCGUGACCGGAGGAAGUCCUCGGCGGCGCGUGCUUAUUCCUUGCAGAAUUACACCGCUACUAAUGAACAAGGGUGGCCCACUUGGCUUGUGGCCGUUGCCGGAGAUGCUAUUAAGGGUUGGACUCCUCGCCGGGCUAGCAGCUUCGAGAAACUAGAUAAGGCAAUCAGAACAGAAAUCCCUGUUUUAUGUUUGAUUAGUAUCAUUAACAUUAAUUAUUCAUUGAUGCAUGAGAUUGGUCAAGGUACUUACAGCAAUGUGUAUAAAGCAAAGGACUUGAUAACGGGGAAGAUAGUGGCAUUGAAAAAAGUUCGAUUCGAUAAUUUGGAGCCGGAGAGUGUGAAGUUCAUGGCAAGGGAGAUUCUUGUGUUGAGUAAGUUGGAUCAUCCCAAUGUAAUAAAGCUUCAAGGGCUGGUCACCUCAAGAAUGUCUUCCAGUCUUUACUUAGUGUUCGAGUACAUGGAGCAUGAUCUUGCUGGCCUCUCGGCCGUGCAGCAAAUCAAGUUCACUGAGCCCCAGGUGAAGUGCUAUAUGCAGCAGCUUCUCUCUGGGCUUGAGCACUGCCACAAUAAUGGGGUGCUACACCGUGAUAUUAAGUGUUCCAAUUUGCUAAUUGAUAAUAAUGGGAACCUAAAAAUUGCCGACUUUGGGUUAGCUUCUUUCUAUGAUCCUGAUCACAAGCAGCCUAUGACUAGUCGUGUUGUGACCCUCUGGUACCGCCCUCCGGAACUACUCCUUGGGGCCACUUAUUAUGGAGUUGGUGUUGAUCUCUGGAGUGCUGGCUGCAUUUUAGCAGAGUUAUUGGCUGGGAAACCAAUAAUGCCUGGGAGAACAGAGGUUGAGCAACUUCACAAGAUAUUCAAAUUGUGUGGUUCUCCAUCGGAGGAAUAUUGGAAGAAAUCCAGGUUGCCGAAUGCUACUCUUUUUAAGCCGCAGCAACCUUAUAAGCGGUGCUUAAGAGAAACCUUCAAGGAUUUUCCACCUUCUGCUCUCCCUUUGGUUGAAAGACUUCUUGCAAUUGACCCAGAUGAUAGAGGCACUGCUACAGCUGCAUUAAAUAAUAAUUUCUUUACCACGGAACCUCUUGCUUGUGACCCAUUAACGUUACCGAAGUAUCCUCCCAGCAAGGAAAUGGACCUCAAAUUGAGAGAUGAAGAAGCCAGACGGCAAAGAGGAUUAAGCGGGAAACCACAUGGUGUUGAUGGUGCCAGAAGACUGAGAUCUCGUGACCGGAUUAGUCGAGCUGUUCCAGCUCCAGAGGCUAAUGCAGAAAACCAAGCAAAUUUAGAUAGAUGGAGAGCCUUGUCACAAUCUAAUGCUAAGAGCAAGAGUGAAAAAUUUCCACCACCACAUCAGGAUGCUGCCGUUGGGCACCCACUAGAUGGAUCAAAUAACGGCCCUUUAUCAUUUAACAUGGCCGAUAGUUCUUUUGGUUCUUCAAUAUUUGAUCGAAAGUCUCGAUCUUUUAAGAGUAGUGCAGCGGCUAGUGGUGGACCUUCAAGACGAAAAACAAAGAAAGAAGAACCUCAGAUGGCUCCAUCUCGAAGGAUUUUGAAUGCCUUCCUUCCCUCAUCAGUUAGGUUAUCAAUGGAUCUAAGGUUCAAGGCAGAACAAUAA